AUACCUGCUCGAACAAGACUUUCCAGGCAUGCGGAUUGGUCCAGAGCCUACCACGGAUUCUUUUAUUGCUGUGAUGUACGGAGAUUCAGAAGGAAGCAUUCCUGGAAAUGCCCUAGUUGUUGAUCCUAAGAAGCCGUUUCGCAAACUCAGCCGCUUUGGAAAUGCUUUCCUGAACAGGUUCAUGUGUUCUCAGUUACCUAACCAAGUACUGAAGAGCAUCAGUAUCAUUGACAGCCCUGGCAUUCUCUCUGGAGAGAAGCAGCGCAUCAGCAGAGGCUACGACUUCUGCCAAGUCCUCCAGUGGUUUGCUGAGAGGGUUGACCGCAUCAUCCUUCUUUUUGAUGCCCAUAAGCUGGAUAUAUCUGAUGAGUUUUCAGAGGCUAUUAAGUCAUUCCGGGGCCAGGAUGACAAGAUUCGAGUGGUGCUUAAUAAGGCCGACCAAGUGGACACACAACAACUGAUGAGGGUCUACGGUGCACUCAUGUGGUCCCUGGGAAAGGUGAUCAACACUCCAGAGGUGCUGCGGGUCUACAUUGGCUCCUUCUGGGCCCAUCCUCUGCGAAACACAGAGAAUCGAAGACUCUUUGAGGCAGAGGCACAGGAUCUUUUCAAGGAUAUCCAGAGUCUCCCGCAGAAGGCUGCUGUGCGGAAGCUCAAUGAUCUCAUUAAGAGGGCAAGACUUGCAAAGGUUCAUGCUUAUAUCAUCAGCUAUCUGAAAAAAGAAAUGCCCUCUGUGUUUGGAAAAGAGAACAAGAAGAAGGAACUGAUCAGCAGAUUACCAGAGAUCUACACUCAGCUGCAAAGGGAAUACCAUAUCUCAGCAGGGGACUUCCCUGAAGUCCAGAAAAUGCAGGAGCUGUUGGAGACUUGUGACUUCACUAAAUUUCAUUCUUUGAAACCAAAGCUAAUUGAAGCUGUGGAUAACAUGCUGGCCAACAAAAUUGCCUCCCUGAUGAGCCUGAUCAGAGAGGAAGAGAGCAAUAUGCCCACAGAGGUUGUACAUGGUGGAGCAUUUGAUGGCACCAUGGCAGGACCUUUUGGCCACGGAUAUGGAGAAGGUGCUAAGGAAGGUGCUGAUGAAGACGAAUGGGUUGUUGCCAAAGAUAAACCUGCCUAUGAUGAGAUUUUCUACACUCUGUCACCAAUCAAUGGCAAAAUAUCUGGGAUUAGUGCAAAGAAGGAGAUGGUGACUUCUAAACUGCCCAACAGUGUCUUGGGGAAGAUCUGGAAACUUUCAGACUGUGAUGGUGAUGGGAUGUUGGAUGAUGAGGAGUUUGCAUUAGCGAAACAUCUCAUCAAGAUUAAACUGGAUGGAUAUGAACUGCCUGGCACACUACCUUCCCACCUGGUGCCACCGUCUCACAGGAAACCUUUCCAGACAGCAGAGUGA